AUGCAAUAUGCCGUUCGAGGACCCAUUUUAAUCAGAGCACUGCAACACGAGAAGGAAUUGGAACAGGGUGUUAAAAAGCCAUUCACAAGGGUCAUCAAGGCGAACAUCGGUGACGCGCAUGCAAUGGGCCAAUCUGCAAUCACCUUCAAUAGACAGUUGGUUGCUUGUAUUGCAAAUCCGGCCUUGAUGGAGGCAGCUAUUUUCCCAUCUGAUGUUGUUGAGCACGCAAAGAAACGUGACGGUGUCCCAUGCGAUUACGAGAACGUUAUUCUCUCCUCGGGCGCUACCGAUUCUAUUCGUAACGUUCUCAAACUGUUUGUUCGAGGGAACGCGCCGAAGAAAACUGGCAUAAUGAUUCCCAUACCACAAUAUCCACUUUAUUCUGCAACAAUCGAGGAGUUUGGACUUGGCGAG